GACGUCGUGAAGACGAAGACAAAAAUGACCGCGGCUGUCCUAGCUUGCUGUCGCUACAACAAUGACGACGGAGAGACAACACGAAAAUCGAUGGAUACAGAAUAUAACACGGAAUACCAGGCAUGGCCGUAUCAAGAAAAGGAACAAAUUAGGCCGCCAUCAAACAGAGAAUUAAGCUUCGAUGCAUCGGGACAACACGACAUGAAGACAAUGUACGAACAAACCUACGUCAAUCAUCCCAGAACAUCUAGAACGUUAUGCAUCAGACCCCAACAGAAUCAGCACAAUGACCUACAAGAAUAUUUCCACUAUAUAUCAACAUACAAAGAUAAUUUUCGUGAUACUUACGGUUUAAACCAGCGACGUCGAUCAUUUCGACCUUGUCUUGCGGAUGGGAAAUUCAUAACGCAAAGUGACGAAGAGAAAUUAUCGGUUAGUCACGAAACAUACAGAAGAUACAGCAAUAAAGAAUGCUCAACAGCCAAGAGAGCACCAAUAAUCAUUAAACCGGAUAUAGGUGGUGUCAUUCCCAAAUCAGAAGAUAUUAGAGAGGAGAAAACUACAGUACAAGAUAACUUCAAGUGGCCGGGUCUGCAAAAAAGAACGCAGUCAAUAAUUCCAUGCCCAGCUAAUAGCCUAAAUAAAAAUUGUCGGAUGAAUCUUUUAACAACGAACAAAGCGGAUUUCGAUUAUAAACUACCUGAUCCUUGCCAACCAGUGCCUAUACUGGUAAAAGAAAAGGGAACACGGGAGAAUUGGCGUUUCGAUCCAUUCAAUCAUCGAUCUACAGUUCAGGAUGAUUAUAUCCAGCAUCCGUUUGUGCUGAGACCGAAAUCAUUCAAGCCUCUACAACAUUACGUGGUAUCUGAGACCCCGUUCCAACCACAAACUCUGUACAAAGACGAUUUCAAACAAUUGCCAUACCAGGGACCACCAAAACCGUACAAAUUGGACGGAAACCUUCAGGUACGACAAAAAUGCCCAUUUCAAGGAUCAACGCAGUACACUGACGAAUUUGUUCACCCACCUGCGAGUUACCGCCGUCGUCAGUUUUCAAAGUCCACACCAACAAGGGCACUGAAAGGAAAAUUCUAUGACGAUACGUCUUAUAGCAUGAACUUUCGACAGUUCGAUAAUUCUCAGACCGCCCCUCGGGUUAACUUUAAACCGGUCAGAAAAUACAAACCACCAACUAUUGCUUUCCAGGUCGAAUCGACAGCUCAUGCACAUUACAAAGGAGAGCAAGCCCCGCCGAGCACGAUAUGCAAUCCCAAGACAAAACCUAGAAUAAACGAUGCAAAAUGUUCAUGUUCUUGUUAAGGGAGAUUUCAAUAUUUAUGUAAUUUGAUAACAUUUGAAUCAUGUUCUUACAAUCUUAUUUGUAAAACAAGUAGAUAUGCUCACAUGAGUUUA